AAGAUGAACAAAAAAGCAAAAUGGCGGCUUUAAGUAGCUAUGACGCAUCGUAUAGCGGUCUUUUAGGCCUCGCAGAGACCUUUAGAACAUCUAAUCCGCCUAGGAUCAAGCAAUGCAUACAGUGCCUCCAGUCUGUGUUUCACUUUCAACCAUCUCCUGCUAUCCAAGCUCGUACUCAUCUCCAACUUGGAAGGCUUCUUCAAAGAUACACGAAGAACACCGACAUGGCUCGUUCACAUUUAGAGAAAGCUGUGAGUUUGAAUUCGAAAUUUGGGCUAGAUUCUUUCCCCGGUAAUGCUGUCUAUGUGGCAUUAAACUUGUUUAUUUUGUUUGACAGGUUGUACUAGCUCAGUCUGUAUCCUUUCUAAAAUCUAAAACUAUACGUGUCGUAAUAGCGCUAGCUACAUGUAGCUUAAUGUAGUGAAUCGAUUUUGAUGGAAAUAUUACUUCUGUAGUUUCCAAGAUGAAGCCACCCAAUCAUAGAUGUGACCGAACUGCGUUUUAGCGUUUGGCUUUUUAAUGAGUGUGUCAUUGGCAGUCACUGUUUUUCUUUAGUGUACAGUGUAGUAGCUGUUACGUUUUUGGGGCGUCAGUUGUGGAAGAUCUUGUAUGUUUCAAGCAGCCAAUCUUCACUAAAUGAGUAACCUCGCUAGGUUGAUCCUCAAUUUCCUUUGUCUUCUAACAAAAAUCACCAAAAAUUACUGAUCGCUUUGUCUUCAAUUAUCUUGCCGUUGAUAACACAGGUCAAACAGCAGAUAACAAGCACACAGACAGCAUGAUUUUUCCUUUUUUUCUUCUGGCGAGUAAAACCGACAAGGCGUUGGGAGGUGAUACUUUUCAGAACCAGUCAGUAAUACUCAUCUGCUGACAGGCCUUUUCCUUCAUACACUUCUUUCACUUCUUUUUCUAUUCUCCUUUUAAGCUGAAAUUGAUGCCUUCCAAUGAUGAAUUCCCAUAGAGAAAUUUCAUCACACUUCACUAACGACAUAUUUUUAGUUACUCAAAUGGCGUGAUGUUGAUUUCAACCAAUCGGAAAAAGGUAAUAAGUUGAAGAUUGACAUUUAAUUAAUUCUGACCAAUCAGUAUUUUCAUGCUCAGAAUCUGAGCGUGAAAAAUGGAGAAAACGAUGGCGUCCUUGCAGGCGUUCCUUUCCAUUCUCCCUCACGCACCCAAAUUCCCCCUUCCCCCUCCCCUUUUAACGCCUGCCAUGCACGCUAGAUCAGGCAAAUCCCAGUUAGUAUUUUCUAGCUUGUGUCUAAAUUCAUUGACUCUUUUCUUUCUGGUAUCUCAGAUAGUAAGGCUGUCGCUGUCUUUAUGCAAGUAAUCGCCAAAACAAUAUUGUAAAGAUCGGUAGGCAAUCUGAGUUAUAACUUAUGAUCAAACCACUUUUCGAGGAUACAGUUGUAUUGUUCUUAAAAAUGUUGUCUAUAAGUGUCCCUUAAUGUGCUGUAAUUCUUGUGGGCUUUUUAAUCGUUGGCAGGUCGAUUCAGUAAACUGAGCAGUGACUGAAUGAGAUUCAUGUUUCAGUAAAUCCAAAUUAAAAUCACCAGUUAUAUGAGAAUGCUGUAUUGCCUUUGGUAACACCUGAGAUGAUUUCGUUAAUUUUCUCUGUGAAUUCCAGAGUGUUUUCUGAAGGAGGUCGAGGGCGAUGAAAAACUCCGAUUAUCAAUGGUAUUUUUAUGUUGUGAAAUGUAAUUUCAAUGAAAAGAGACUCAAUGAUAUUUCCAUUGGAAACAUUAAACUCUGUCAAGAUUUUGUUAUGAGAAAUCUUGUCAAUAAAGAGCCUGACUCCUCUGCCAAUUCUACUCUAUUUAUAACAAAAUGGAACUGUCAAAACUAAAGUCAUUAACAUUACUGUCUUUGACCCAUGUCUCAGUUGUGGCAAGAACUGAAAACUUAUGAUUUAUAUUAGCCUGUAAGUGGGAAAGGGCAUCUUGGUUUUUAACUAGCUAGACUGUGGGCAUUAAGUGUGUUGCCUCCAUGAUUAUGCUAAUCUAAGAAACUGAGAUUCAAAGUGGUUAAAAAAUUGUCACCUGAAUUUAAUGUUAACCUGCAUGUAUAUGUUGUGGUUAAUUUUUUAUCCCAGGUAAUUUUUACUUUUCCUUUGUUUCAACUUCAUUAGCUACAUUCAUCAUCAUCAUUGGUCGGCUGCAGAGCAGGCGACUACGAGCUUCCUCCAGCCACAAUGAUCCUGUGCCAAUUCAGACAGCUUGCCCUGGCCAAUCAUGUUGUCUGUGUCUCCCAAAAGGUGUUGAAUGUAUGUGAGAAACAGGGUUCGUUGCCGUCCUGGUUUUCUCUUCCCAUGUGGUGGAAUAUACAGCUACAUUACCAUACCCAAAAACAAAAGAAAGAGAAAAUUACCUGACAUAAAAAAUUAACCACAACAUAUACAUAUACACACCUGCUACCAAAUUAAUUUUGUCCCAAUGGUGUCUAUUUUGUAGAAGCAAAACUUAUUUUUUAGUGUACAGUUAAAACUUGUUAUUAGAUUUGACAUAGUUGUGAAUCAGCUUGGAACUGGAUUUGAGGAAGUUCAUCUGGAAGCAAUGUGCAUUUUAACAGAUGUUUACAAAGAACAGGUGAUCAAAAUUUGCUCAAAAAAUAUCUAUUUUUCUCAUUUCUUUAUUUCCAUAAUCUACCAGUGAUUUUGUUACCUCUGCAUCCUAAAAAUCUCCAAAGACGCAAAAUGUUAUUCAUGGCGUGCGUCCCACUGGAUGCAAAGAUCAAUCGAUCUGAACAUGUGUAUUUGUAGGAAUUGUAAUGUAAAAUGUAAAUGUAAUUUUUGUGGCUGUUAUUGUGGCUGGUGUUUAAUGAUGCAUAUUUGGACUCUUUUUUUUGUUGUUGUUUGUUUUUUUAACUGGGACUUGUUGGUUAUGGACAGGGACUCAUAAUUUUUCACAAGACAAGUCCCGGGACUAACCAUUACUAUUUGUAACAAAAUCACUGAUCUACAGAUUCAAUAAAGACUCAAAUUCCAAAAAGUUAUCUUGGGUCUAAGUAAUAUUAUUAUUUAGACCCAAGUCAAUUUUUUUUUAUGUACCAGUCAACUCCAAAACUGCCCAAUCCACACUCCCUCUUCCCUGGCCAUACCCCGGGCAUAUCACUGGAGUUUCACUCCAUACAGUGGGAAAUUUGACCCAAAAUGAGGCCCGCCUCAUUGAAGGGGAUCGUUGGCAGUUUUGGAAUUGACUGGCACAUUACCUCACAGUCACCGCCAGUGUAAUUUACAAGUACAUGUAGGACACUCACUUUUAUUUUUCAUUGAUGUAUUUGUUGUUUAUUUCCAGGGUCAAUUUCAUCUUGCAAAAUCAUCCUUGCGUCAAGCGCUUGAAUUUGCUCAUGCAAACAGUCUUCCAUUCUGGCAAUUUAAAAUCACUUUUCAGUUAGCGGUAAGCUGUCAUCAAUGAAAAAAUAUUAUUCUUACCCUUUCUUUGACUUGAGUUUAGGCAUGAUUGUAAUUUAAGCUUUUUUGCAGGAUGUUCAUGCAAAUGAUAAAGAAUUAAAGACAUCAACAGAGGUUCUUGAGUUGGGAGAGAGAUUUGCAGAGCAGUGUGGCUCACACUACAUGAAGUAAGAUAUAAUUCCCCUGUAUAUAUUUUGUCUAAGAGUCUUGAAACAUUAAUGUAUGAAAAUAUCAUUGAUGGCAAUGCAGAAAAAUAAUAACGCUGGGUUUAACUUUCUUUUAAAUUCUCAUGUUUGUGAAUUUUCGCCUUCUGACGUGAAGGUUCAAAGGAUAUUUUGCCAUUUGAAUUUUUAUUUUGACAUUAUUUUCCUUAUUACUUUAUAGGUGUCUGUUUGCUCUAAGCAAAGCUAUGGUAGGUCAAAGACAACACGUUUAAAAUGUUUGAUAAUUUCACAGUAGCUUUCUUCACCUUGAUGUUCUUCCCUCUUUCACGUAUCUCCAUUUCCCUCUUCAGUUGACUGGCAUGGUGUAAAAAGUCACGACAUUUUGGCCUCUCGGAGGUCAUUUUUAAGUGCGAGUAACGGUCUUUAAAUAGUUUAAAAGGUAAGAAUGUAAUUAACAAUAAAAAUUAAUGCGAUAAAGUAUGUUAAUGAUAAGUGAUGAAAUAUUUAUAAAAUUGAAAAGAAACAUAAGAAGCCUAAUAAAAACCAUUCUAAACAAAUAAUUUUAAAUGGAUGGAAAUGCACUGUUUGUUUUUAUAGUUUUGGUUUCAGUUCUUUCUUUUCAAUUUUAUUUUUAAUAUUUUGUCACUUAUCGUUUACAUAUUAUCGCAUUUUAUUGUUAAUUGCAUUCUUACCUUUUAAACUAUUUUUAAACCAUUGGUAAUAUAUUUAUGCUAAUUUUAUUUUGUACUUGCGCUUGAAAAUGACCUCGGAGAGGUUGAAACAUCGUGUCUUUCUAUCGCUUAUUUUUAUUACAAAAUAUAUCAAAGAAAUUUCUCAUCAAGUGUAAAAAGGUCAUAUAAGGUGAUGAUUUUGCUGGAGAAUCAGUUAACCAUCUCUUUCAAUGUUUGAAUUUAUUUUUUUAUUUUUUCACGGCUUUAAUUCUAUUGGUUAAGUUGUAUGCCAAUGAGAAAAACUGUAAUCAAUGACAUCAGCAAAGAGGUCUAUUGUCUAUUUUUAUUUCACUGUCAGUACAAGUACUGUAUUGUAGUUUGUUCACGUUUUUUUAGUAAAACCUAAGGAAGAGGACAAGACUUAGAUUAGAGAACUCUCCACAAAAAAAGCUGAUUGCAUUUGGCAGUCAGUUUCUUUGUUGUCAGUAUGCAUUAUUUCCAUUUACAGGCAUAUAUGAUGAUGAAAGAAUUAAACCAUGCAACUGGGAUUCUGUCUAUGGUUUCCAAUUUCUUGGAGAGGUGGAACAUUUCCACUUACCAGCAUGAAUCAAUUCAAGUGUUUUAUUUGCUGUUAAGAGUUUGGAACUUUUUAAAAUUGGGGCAGGUAAAGAAAUGUAAUCACAUGUAUUAACAGAAAAAUAAGUAGCUCACAUCAUUAUACACUUAUAUAAUACUUUGAGGAAAGUGUGCCCAUAGAGUAUUUAUGUACGAGUUGUGAGUAAGUCACAAGUUGAAUGAGUGAGCACAGCGAACAAGUGAGUUUCUGAUACAAAAACGAGCCCAUAAAUAUUAAAUAAUGUACAAAACACUUUCCAUGUGGUAUUUUGUUUAUUAUGUACAUGCACAUACUUAUAUAGACAUUCAUCAUUUUGCCAGCCUUGUAUUUCAAAUCUUUCUAAGAUGCUAAAAUUUGCCACUUCAGUACCCUGAUAAAGAAAAUGAAGUAUAAUAAUCAAGAAAAAAGUUUGGUAAAAAUCAUAAUGAGGGUAUAAAGGAUAUGAGGUAAUUCAGGAAUUACAAGUAAUUUUAUUUAACUUUUAAGAUGGAGAACUUUUAGUCAGAGUGGCUUAACACACAGUGAGGUUUGAAAAAAGUUCCUUUAACGGUAUUUCGACUUUUACAUGUUUAUAUUCUUUUUUCCAGGCAAAGAGUGUAAGACCAUAUCUGAAGCAACUCCAACAAUCAAUACAACUGUUGACAACCCUUCAUCCUGAUGGUAACUUUUCUUUAAAUUUACAGCAAAACGUUUGGAUAAAGUAAUGAUAGCAGAUACUCAAAUGUCAUGAAGGACCACUAAUAUAAUGUCAUUACAUGUAAGAGGUCAAGACUCAAUUCCAGCCAAAAUCAUUCUAAAAGUAAACUGGUCGAUGAACAUGCCAUGAUCAUGACAAAAGUACAUGGAAGAUGCUUGCUCCAAGUAAUGGGUUCCUGAUGUGCCACCAAGGUUCUAGCUGCUACAAAUGAUUAUUAAAACCACCAUUACUUGUAAGUUUGAAGUAACUGAAGUGUCAUCUGCAUGGUCAAAGAAAUGGUCAAAGAAAUGAGAUCAACUACAACACUGUCGAGUCGAAUGCUCCUCAAAAGCCUUUUAGUUCUAUAAUAUUAUUGAGUACUUUAAGAGUUCCUAUUCACUCUAACAUAAUUAUGAUGUACAUUUCAGAGUCACAAAUUCAUGAAGCUGAACGAUUUGAAUGGCUUACCAAGGAACAUCUCUGUGUGCUGGUGUAUUUGGUAAGGAUGCAGCUAGAAUUGCAUCCAUUGAAUUUGAAAAGAAGAGUUUCACUUUAUGUGCAUCUGCUGCUUUUCUUGCAUCAGUGUUGCUUGAGAUAAUUAAGUAUAUAUUGACUUAAGCAAAAAAGAAAGCUUGAUAAGUUUAAUGUCUUUUAACUAACAAAAUAAUGUUAUUGUCAAUAUCAAUAAACUUAUUAAAGCAGUAAUAAAACGGGCCAGCAAAUGGCAAUGAUAGAUCUGACAUGACAAUAAAUUUGCUGUGUAAUGUUAAAAGUGAAAAUGUUUUGAUCUUUUCCAGGUGACAGUGAUGCACUCAAUGUAUUCAGGUUAUAUGGAGAAAGCAAUAAAAUACAGUGAAAAAGCUCUUGUACAAGUUGAUCGCUUAAAUGGUAAGUUUCAAUAUUGUUAGCAAGUAUUAUUGCUGUAAAAUAAUAGACUAACUCUUAAUUACUUUAGAUUUUGUUUACUGUGAGCUGUACAUAGGGCUGUCACUAAGAUUUGAAGUUGCCAGGUACUUGCAAUUUAUUAGUAGGUGGGAAACUGAACAGCCAGGGAGUUCUUUUGAUCUCAUUUUCCUUUUGUUUCCUACAAAAAUAGCAAGGUGUCAUGCUCAUAGUAACCAGAGGAAAUCCCUGCCUCCUCCCCCAGCCCAUAUUGACAGCCCUGGGUUGUACAGAUAUAAAAUAAUUUACUAUGAAACUUGCAAGUGGUAUUUCAAAUUAACUUAUUAUGUGCAGGAUCAUUGAACAGUUAGUUCUGCUAACUUUGUUUUUGCCUGUUUGUUAUUUUGUGUGAAAGCUACCUUAUCAAGUUCAGGUCUCUUAUCAAUGUUCAAGCUUGUCCUUCUGGAACAUGUGAUCAUCUGUAGAAUGGUGCAAGGCCAUAUGCCGCAGGCAAUAAAAGAGGUACAAUCAUAAUAAUAAGUGCUUAGCUAGAAGGCAAAAAUUAUUUUACAAUAUUUUUGGAUAUUAAACAGGCUGGAGUAUGUUAUUUAAUACAUUAAUAGUCUUUCUUCUUAGAUACAGGGGGUUAAUUUUGUUCUAUAACUUUUGUUACUGAUAAGCUUUGAAAGGCAAAAUUGUUUUAAAUCUGUAUGAUUAGUGGGGUUAUUGUUCUACUGCCCAGCUGCCUUUCCUUUCAUCUUAUCCUAAGAUCCUAAAAGCUUUCCCCAAAACGUUUCCCAUUGAAAUGAAGCCUAUUGAAUGCUUAGAAUAAGAAAAGAAUGAGACAAGAAAAGCAAUUUAAGAGGGGAGGGGAGAGAAAGUAUUUUAUCUUGAAAUUUUGCCCUCUGUGCAUACCUGAACUUUGGAAGCUAAUAAUUGCCCCUGGAUUAGAAGGCCACAAAGUGUACGAUCUUUAAACAGCUCUGUAGUAAGUUUUAGCUCUUUAUAGCCAUGCAGUGACCGGAAAACCACUGACUAGUUUCAAAAUGCGUUUUUUGGUAAAAUUCCCUGAGGCGAAUGGGUUAAAUGCACAGUUUUGCAAUUGCAGUUCAUUCUUGUACAAAAUAGUUAUUUGUUCUUAUAUUAUUAAAUUUUCUGUAUUUUGUUGUCUUUUCAGAUUUCUCAAGUGUAUCAAAUAGCUCAACAUGAUGGAAAGUUGUUAACUUGUCAUCACUCAGUUGUACACACCCUUCUGGUGGGUUGCAAUCUUUCCCCACAUGAAGUUAAAUUAGGUCACUCUGAUCUCGACAAUGACAUUACACUGUGCAAUCCUGCUGGUUAUCUGAUUAUGACAAUAAAGCAGUGUUUCUUUUUGUUUGUCUUUGAGAGAUUAUGCGUGAUCUCUGUCUUGAGUGAAUUAAAAUAAUUGCAAAGCAUUAUCUGUCCCAUUGUAUCAAAUAAUCCUUUAACUAAUAGAACAAUGUGUCAUGAUGGUGAUGAAGAUGAUGACCAUGGUGAUGACGAUGAUCAUCAUCCUCAUAUUCUUCACAUCCUACAGGGAGCCAAUGUGUUGUAUCACUUGCCGACAAAUGUUUAAUGUAUAAUGGAUUGCGGUGGGAUUGCAGCAGUGGCGGAUCCAGGGGAGAGAACCAUCCCCCCACUCCCCACCCAUUUUUUUACCAAAAUGAGGCCCAAAGGGCCAAAAAACAUUUUCUGGGAGACCGGGCCCUCCCCUUAUCUCAGGAUCUGGAUGACCCCCCCCCCUUAUCUGAAGGUCUGGAUCUGCCACUGUGCAGAUUGAUGGAAAAAACACUGGAUAAUGAAAAGAAUGAUUUUUUUCAUAACAGUAAUAAUUAGUCAUGCAUUCAAGUAAAAUUUCUGAAAAGUAAACAUUUAAUAAAUGAUGCUUUCUGUACCAACUCAGCACUUGAUUUCUGCAUUAGGGCUUGUAUGCCAUGUCCAUGAAUCUGAUGGAUUCAGCUGAGAAGCAGUUCAAUUCGGCUCUAGAGGUAAAGUUUGCUUUGUCAUUUUUAUUGAGAAUGAUUCUAUUUUUGAGGUUGCUACUUUCUGGCAUGAUGUUUUUGUUAACACAUGUAUUUAAUACUUGCACAAUGUAUGUUGUAGCCUUGAGUAUCAUCCGUAGGCUAUGCAGUGUAUAUGUUGUAGGUUAAAAUAAAAUAAGAUUAAAAUAUUUAAACCAUGGUUGAGUCUUGUCUCCGAGCCCUAAUAGUAAUUGUCAAAUAAAGGACAGAAAUGAAAUUGGGUAUCAACCUAGGCUUCAACCUUUUAACCUGGAUUAAGUUUGACCCAAAACCUGUACAUAAUAAAUACUACUUAUUAACUGAGAGUGAGGUCAUUACAGGGAAAUCUCAGACUGAGGCCUUCAUGUAUUGACCGAGCAAUAGGUCUGAGACUUCCCUGUAAUGACCGAACAGAUGAGCUAUUUAUUAUAUGGCCUUUCCAUUAUGGACCUGAUCCUGCGAUCAGUUAAAACCAACAUCUGACCAGCAGAUAACUUUAAAAAAACACUUCACCUCAAUGAGUUGUACACUUGAGCCUGCAAUACAGUCAGGUGACAUUGGGCAGCGGAUGCCCUUUUUGACAUCUGUCAACUGACCAUAACAUAAUCAUAUAUCCAUAAGGAUGUCAACUAUCAAGUUACACACAGAUUGUAUAUGCUUUGGGCACCUACAGGUAGCUAGUAAUGCCCGGUCAUGACAAGAAAAUAAUGCCUGGUCAUUACAAGAAAACAGCUGAUCAGAGCGCGGUUACUAUUGUAGCCAUAGGCUAAGUUAUAGAGCGUAUUCACAUGACACCACAGUGGCCAUGAUAUUGGUGUUCCAAAACAAUGAAACGGUAGCCAUUUUGGUGUUCCACUCAAAUCCUGUGGGAGUUGGACUCUUUUCUUAUGUAAAAAAUUUUUUUUGUUCCCAUAAAUUUGCAUAGAUGCUGGCCACGCGAGUGAAUAAGCUCUAUUGUAUUGUCUAUAAUUAUCAACAAUACAAUUUUCAUGAUAUAAUCAUUGGAUUAGCUCUGAAUUAGCACUGCUGCAACAAACUGAUAGUAACAGGUUAUAUAAUGACUUCAUCAUAGUCAUCUUCUUUUCUAGCUGUUGUGUUGUUUGAGAAGUUAGGCCACGACUUUUGCCUUAAUUUAGGGACGGAAAUAUUGUCAUUGGUCUUUUUAUUUUAUUAUUAUCAUAACAACAUUUUUUGUCAAAAUUUGUGUAUGUCUGUUCCAAAGGAAACAGUUUAUAUAUAAAUAAAGUAUAAUAAUAUACUUUUACUGAGUGAUUAAUAAUUUGUUUUCACAGUCCUGUGGACAACCAGAACUCAGAAACUUCAUUGGAUUAAAUCUGGCUAUCAUUUACAUACGAUCUGGUAUUGGAGCCGACAGAAGAAUGGAGGUAAGAAAUUAAAGAUGUUCAUGCUAAAUGUGUAUUAGCAUAGUUACUGUACAAGGUCCUGACAGGCAUGUGCAAUGUCCUAAGCAGAGAAUUUAAGGACUUGGCUGUAGUUUGUUCUGUUAACCCUUUAAUAUAAGUCCCAAGUGAAGUCAACUUGAACUUUUUCCUAUUAACACCAGUACAUUAUAAAGAGAAAACUAUAAGGUUAUUGGAAGCAAUACAGUGAUCACCAAAAAGAAAUUUAUUUAUCUUUUAUUAAAUUCUCUCUACUAAUGCAUCAGUCAAUUCCACCUGCACCCACCACCGUGGUCAAACGUCUAAAUCGUUAUUUUUGUUUUUUAUUGCUGCGAUUUCAUUUAGCAGUUAGAGAAAAAUGGGCAAAGGUGUAUAAAUCAGUUAGUCAACAUAACUAUCUAGUUUUUUUCAGCAUCGAUGUCACUAUAGGAAUAAUAGAGCUUAGUUUUGGUUAUCGACUUGCAACAUUGUUGUUGUGAUCUUUACUGUUUAUGUGAGGAAUCUAUUUAGUCUUGUCAUCACUGAGCUACAGUGGUUUUAAGGGUUCUUAUGCACUACUCUUCAACAUGAGUAUGCUGAGUGAUUGAUAUCAGCAGUUUUAUCGCCGUAUUACUUUAAUAACUUUAUAGGCUGUUUUAGUGUAUUUUCUAGUGUUAUUUAGUUCUCGUUCGCUAUUUGUUAUCAUCGGUUUUUAGUCAGAUAUAUUUGCACUCUAUGUAUUCUUAGCUAAGUUUUCGUUCGAUUUUAUCGUUUUCAGUUCGAACCGACUUUGUACGACUUAAAACCGAUUUCACAACUUAAGGACCUUUUGUCUUGUCAAUCGACCCGUCGAUUCUUCUGUAUCAAGUUGUGACCUCUGUGCUAGGAACAUUGAUCUCUGGUUCAAUAAAUCUGUUCAUGUUUACAUAUCUUUCCAUUUUUCUCAAAAUUUUGAGCUUCUUUCGCUGAAAACGUUUCUCGCUAAAAGAGAAUCAUGUUUGAAAAUGGCGCCGAUAAUAACGUCAGCAUCGGUUUUCAAUCACUUAGAACAUUUUUGGUAAACUUUUAAAAAGUUUAGUAAAGUAACAGGAUGUUGGUAUUACCUUAAACUUUCGAUAGUGAAAGUAGCAACCUUAACUUCGAAGUAUUUCGCUUAACUUUUGCAAAUUUCACUCGUUCGACCGCUGUGAACCUGCACCCAGGCCCCCAGCCCCCCCAUUAGUGGAAUUGACUGAUGCCUAAUUUCUAUUAAUUCUUAAAAGAAAAUAUACAUGGAUAUCAGUUUUGAUCAGAUGCAGUAAACCUUACAGUUCAACAAAUAGUUAAAACAUGCACUUAGUGAAGUUUAAAAGUUUUCCUUCUGCUCACAGAUGCAACAUCAUUGUUCAGCAUCACUUCCAUUGUUUAAACUUGUGGCCAUUGUGCCAGGGCGAAGAUAAUAAUGUGUUCAUUUUAAUAACAGGAUCACGCAAAGUUACCAAUUUGACCGAUUUUGUUGAGAUACUUACCAAUACCAAAAUGAGACCAAGACUUUCACACUUUAGACUUAUUUUGGGCAAUUAGGGUUGCCUUUUUUUGGUGUUUUAUUUUUUCUUUGGCUUAUUUUUUAAAACUGGUUUGCAUGUAUUAUUUCAAACCAGUACCUUCAAACUGGUUUGUUUGGUUACUGUGUGCAUGGUAGUAUCAACUCAUUCACCCCUGAAUUGCCCAUAACCGCCCAUGCAGAUCCACGUCCCUUCUACCAUUUGUGAUGUCAUCAGUUGUAAUGUUCCAGGGCAACUUUGUCUGCUAACUUAUGCAGAGUGAAGAGAUCUUUCAAACCAUACCAGAACAAGCAUGAUUCGGUCAAGGAGGCCAUAGAAAAAGAAAAGAUGUAAUGUUGACCUGAAAAUUUCCAUGGAAAUCUUGUUCUAGGACUUACCUACUGUACCUUUUCCUUUCAUGUAAUCCUAAGAUCCUAAAAGCUUUCCCAAAAACAUUACCUACCAUAAUAAAGCCUACCAAAACCUGGAGCAAACGAAAUAGAAAAUAAGGCAAGAAAAGCAAAAGAAUAGGGAAGGAGAGAAAGCAAAUAGAAAAAGACUUUUUUUCUUGACUUAGUCAAGACUGUUAUGUCACUUUUAAACCCAAAAACUAUGAUGAAAUUUUACUUUCUGUGCAUGCCCAAACUUCUCAAGGUAACAUUUUGCAUUUGAAUCAGAGGUACAACCUGUAAACAGCUUUGUGGUAAGUUUUAGCUGUUUAUAGCCAGACAAUGACCAUGCUUGACUAGCUUGAAAAUGUGUUUUUUUUUUUAACGACAUUCCUAGAAGCGAAUUAGUUAAUUGGUAAGUCAUUUGCUUAAGGGAAGGUUGUAUCCUGUAUCCAAUGACUUAUCAGGUUUUGCUUUAAAGGCCUUUAUCAACCUCAUUGGGUUUUCUUUCACUAAUUUUGUUGCCUAUUUUUUUUAUUUCAGCUUGAAAAUCUUUUAGCAAAAAUUAGCCCAGAUCAGAUGCCUGUUAGGUAAUAAAUUAAUAAUAUUAUAAUAUCAUAAUAAUAAUAAUAUUAAUUAUUACUUAUAAUAAUUUAUUUGAAAUACCCUAUUUGCAUCAAGGGGUACAUGUGCAUUGGCAACCCAGGAUCAGACUGAAUUUGAUCAACUGCUUUGACCUUAUCCCUAACCAUACCUUUUGUCAUUGUGGUGUGACUGUUUAAUAGGAGUUGAUUCAAUCUGGUCCAAUCUAGGUUUUGCUGAUGCCUCUUCCAAGGGGUGGUAAACUAACAGUAAAAAUGUGAGACUUGCCUCAAUGUUGAGCACCUCAUUUAAAACUCCAAGAAUUAUUUCAAAACUUAGUGAUGGAAAUAAAACACACACAAAAAGAUACUUCCACAAGAUUAGCUGGUGGCAAAUUAAUGCAUUGAUAAAAUUUGUCAAUCUGUUAUUCUAGCUCACUCAGCCACCAGGCAGGCUAUUAUUAUGUCAGGGGAUUACAGUCAUUCUUUGAGUCAAGAUUUAUGGAUGCAAAGUAAGUUUUUAGCUGUGAUGUUCAAAACAACAGUGUUUGGUAGUAACCUCUUAAACCUCAUCUUUCUUGAGUAUCCUUCAUGGCUUUGCUUAUUUUAUAAUGCCUAAAUUUUUUCUCCCUUACACUAAAAAUAAAGUUGUAAGUCCAGUUGAAAUUCAGGUUAAAAUCAUUUCAUCCCAGUUUGUUAUUCAUUUCUCUCACUUCCUAACCCUAGUAAUAUUCAUGAUUAUGGAUAAUGCAAAGAUGUCAUUAUGGUUUCAACUUUUAACAUUAGUAGAUGCUACUGGGAGGUAAGAAAUUGAAUGGCUAGGAAGUUCUUUUGGUUCUCUUUUCUUUCAACUCCUGUGGUUUCCUAUUGAACGGGUUUUGGAGUCAUUUUCAAAGUAGCCAGGAGGAAAUCCCUGGCCCCGGGCCCUUAAUGACAGCCCUGAUAAUACCAUCAGUUUCCUUCGUCUCAUAAUUAACCCUGAUUAUUUAUAAUCAUGAAUUAUGAUUAGGGCUAGGACACAACAGUUUCCUUCAUCUCAUAAUUAACCCUGAUUAUUUAUAAUCAUGAAUUAUGAUUAGGGCUAGGACACAACAGAAACUUAUAAUCAAAGUAAGCCUAAAUCAUUUCCACUUGAGUUUCAUAAUUAUGGACUGCAAUAUAAUUCAAAUUACCAAAGUUUUGCCUGUGCAAUAUUUUCCACUUCUUGCAAUGAAUAAAAUUCCACUGAUCACUUAUUUUAACAUCUCAUUCAAUUUUAAUAGGAAAUACUUGCGUGAAACGUUGAAGUUGGCAAAUCCUGAAGACCUAAACAGACUAUCAGCUUGUUCACUGGUUUUACUCGGACACACAUUCUUCACUCUCAGAAUAUCACAGGUGUGAGGAUGUUGUAAUGAUAAUAAUAGUAAUAAUAAUAAUAAUAAUUUAGUCAUUUCUAUAGUGCAAAUUCAAUUCAAAGUUUUCAAUUGCUCUUUACGUUCAAUUUCUAAAAGAAAACUCUUUUUAAAAAAGUCUAAAAUUAUUUUUAAAAUGAAAUUACAGUCAAUGAUAUUAAUUUUACACUUAUAUAUAUGUAAACUAUAUGAAUUGCACAAAUUUAAAAUUACAUAGGUUUCAUACAGUUAAAAUAGUGAUAAGAUAAUUGAAAUAACUAGAUAAUAAAUUAGUUAAAAUAAGCUUUCUUGAAAAGAUAUGUUUAAAAGUGCAGACCCUUCGUUCCUCCCAGAGCUCUUGAGGGAUUGAGUUCCAAAGUUUUGGAGUGGCAGCCGAAAAGGCCCAGUCCCCUAGGUUAGGGGAUGUCUUAUGUAUAUAAUUUUUAAACUGCUGGUGUUUGCAGCGAUGGUGCGUCAUUGGAUCUCAGUCCAUUAGAAUUCAGUUUGAGUGAUAUAUCCCAGAGCUGCAGCAUGAAUGGUCUUGUACAUAAUUAGAAUAAUCUUAAAGUCAAUCCUGUGUUUAAUGUUUUACCAGUGAAGUUCAGUUAACAAAGGAGUAAUAUGACAGUGUCUGGGAGCUUUGUAUACAAGUCUAGCUGCAGAAUUUUGCUUGCAUUGUAAAAGGAGACAGGAAGGCAACCUGUAAAGAAGUGAACAGCAAUGAUCGAGGCAGCUUGUAAUGAACACAUGUAUAAAUUUCUCCAUGAUCUCCUAAGUUGAGAACUUCCUUAUCCUGCAUAUUUAUUAUGGAGAUACAAGUAGCCAGCUUUACGAGUUUAUGUAACUUGUGUGUUCAUCAUAAGGUUGCUGUCGAACCAAGUACCCAGAUUUCUGAUUGCAUCCUUACUUGUACCAGUACUCACUGGUUUUAGUAAAUUUAAUUUCUGAAGUCAAUUGUUAUGUCAAGUGUUGAGUCUUUUGUUGUAUCAAAGUAAUGUUUAUAGCAAGAGUGUUAUUAUGUUCAUAGUUGAGCGUCAACAUAAUUCGUUCAUAGUUGCUCAAGAUGAUAUUAAUUUAGGGCCUCUUCACAUGAGCCCGGUUGACCGGGCUGGCCCGGUUUCCAAGAUCUUGCCUUACCUUUAAAUUCUUUGUAAAAUUUUCUAUGUGUUCAUACGAGAGGGCAGGCUGGCUCGGUUUCCGAGAUCUCAGUUUUUUCAACCGAGAUCUCGGUAAGUGGGCUGGAAAUUUUGCCAUGUGAACACUUCAGCCCAGUCACUGAGAUGAAAGCAGGAGCUCUGGCAGUCCGGAUGGUCGUCCUGCAUUGUCUGCUGUAUUUUCCACAUCGUAAGCAUCCCAUUUAACUGCAGUGAUGCAGCUUUAAGAGUUGCCAAAGCUAUGAUAGGUGCAAAAGUUAAGAUUUUUGUGAUUCACCAUGUUUGAGCUCUUUGUUUCUUGAAGUAUGAGUAUGAGCUUGUCCCCAGGAUCUUUCGCCUUUUCUCAUCUUGGACACUAGGAUGAAAUUCUCAUAUGAACCCCAGGUGAAAUUCAUCCCAGUAACUGCAGGCCAGCCCGGUCACCCGGGCUCAUAUGAAGAGGCCCUUAGGCAAAAACUUUGAAACAAUCAUAACUGAGAUGAUCUAUGUAGACAUAAGAAAACGUAGGAAAUGCAUAAAAGUGUUUUUAUUGUUAACUUCUCAUGUCUGGGGGUAUUUCUUGGAGUAUUUAUCCAACUAACAUAAUUAGGGCUUCUGAUAUUUCGCGGAAAAAAAAGCAAAAUUUCGCGGGAUUUUCAGGGGCAAAUUCGCGGAAAAAUCGGCCGAUUUCGCGGGAUUUUCGCGGGAAAAAAGUCAAAAUUCCCAGAACAAUCGGCCGAUUUCAGGCAAUUUUCGCGGGAGAAAAGUAAAAAUUCGCAGAAAAAUCGGCCCAUUUCGCGCGAUUUUAGCGGAAAAGAGUCAAUUUUCGAAGGAUUUUCAGGGGCAAAUAAUUUCCGAAGAAUUUCUUGGGAAAAUCGGCUGAUUUCAUGAGAAAUUUCGGGGGAAAACUUCGCCAAGAAACAAUCAGUAAAAAACAGCCGAUUUCGCUGGGGUUUAUUUUGCGUCGAUAUGACCAGCGUUGGUGAACGUUUUUUUUAACAUGGAUAAUCAUUUGCUCUUUCAACAACAGUUCGCUCGAGAAAUAACGCUAUCAACAUUACGGUUAGUGCCCAGUUUUUCGCAACGUUCAUGUAAAAAAAGUCUGGUAGUUUUGGGACGUUGUUUACUCGUUGCAGUGAUGAAGUUUCAAGCUAAAUUUGGACGUUUGGGGUUAAUAAAACCGGUCUAAUAGCCAAAUAUGUUUUGCCGACAUGUAUUUGGAAGUAUUUCUGGGGGAUUUCGCGGUAUUUCGCGUUUUUUGGGGAAUUUCGCGGGAUUUUGCGGAAAUACCAGAAUUUCGCGGGUCCGCGACCGCGCGAAAUAUCAGAAGCCCUGCAUAAUCAACUCUUGUAACCAUGCAAAUUAAGGAAUUACGAAAGUGGACACAAAAUUAAUAUUAUCAUACCGUGAGUUACAGUAAAAAAAGUGUCACAAAGAAUCUGUAACAUUACUACCGGGAAAGAUAAUCUUUAGGGGAGUUUUCCUUUUUUCUUAGUACAGUGGAACCCCGAUAUAACGAUAUGCCAAGGGAGUAGUGGAAUUAGAUCGUUAUAUCGAGGUAUCGUUAUAAUCGAGACUCCCGAUAUAACGAUAUUGUCGUAAAAUAACCGAAAAUAUCGUUAUAUCCGGGUAAAAUUAACAUGUACUUUUUUUACUACAUAUUGUUUAAUUAAACUUGUAAUGAGUAUCAAAUGACUCACAAAUGUAGCGUUUCAAGCACGCAGCAAUGUCCUUAAACAAUUUGCAAAGUAUUAAGACGUUAUCAUGGUUACACAACAAGGUCUGUGGUAUGAAUCGUAAAAGGGAAACAAAACAAAACUGAAACAUUUGAAGUUGCGACUGUAAUCGUCUUUACUUUUCGCUGUUCGCUGUCUCAUUUGUUUUAUUUGCAAUUGAAAACGCAUCCUCCAUCGCUGAAAGAGAGGAAAGGAAUUCUCUCUCUCGUUCGCCUGAAUCAUCCAACGUAAUAAUAAAAUCUCUAAUUGCUUUGACAGCUUCAGUAGCUUGCACAGGAGUCAGGCCUAGGAGCGUAGGUUCAAUCACUGAUAUAUCAUCAUCAGAGUCUGACUUGUCCCCUUGCAUGAGAGCUGGCAUGCGCGAUUGUAUCUGUGUACUGAUACUGUAAUAUCGUUAUAUCAGGGAAGAUUUUACGCUCCUGCGCUAAAAACUCAUCGUUAUAUCGGGAAUAUCGUUAUAUCGAAGAUCGUUAUAUCGGGGUUCUGUCCCAUACAUUUUACUGUAACUUUUGCCGGGACAUAGCAUAUCUAUCAUUAUACCGGGGAUAUCAUUAUAUCGAGGAUCGUUGUUUCGGGGUUCCACUGUACUACGAGCAGCAAAUUAAUGCUUCCAAUGAGAUAAUGAUUUUUGGGCAAAAUGAAGAAGGGCUCUGCUUGCAGGUUUCAAAUGUAUUUAAAAAAUACUUUAAUUUUUGGUUUCUUACAUGUAUAUUUAAGUUUUAUUUCAUGUUAAUUUUUAGGAUUCCCUUGAUAUGGCCUUACCUGCCAGUCAACUGGCUAGUCGUAUUCCUGAUCCAUAUAUUCACAUGUGGGCUGCGUCACUUCUUAGGGGUGAGAAAUUUCAUGUAAAGUGCUGCAUGCUUUUACCUUACUUUCCACCACAACUGAUUUGUUGCUAAGUUUGAAAAACUAUAUGUAUCUUUUGUAAAGGACCAUGUCUUAUGUAAACAUGUUUCAGGCGAAAAUAUUAAGUAAUAAGGAAAGAGUACUAGGAUGUUAACAGGCCUUUGUUAUGUUUUGAAUAUUGUCUGAAGUGGCUAUCUUUAUUCUCAUUUGUUCUUGGUUUAUUUAUUUUUAACAGAUUUGUAUGGACUGAUGGGUGAUCCUGUUACAGCAAGUGACUAUUAUCAAAUACACAGCAGUUGUACCAAGAAACUGCUUGAUAGUAAGUUGUCAUUAUUAUUUUAAGAGAGUAUAGUGAAGUAUUAUGUUGACUCUAAAGAAAAAACAGAUACUUACUUUCAGGGCCGUCAUUAAGGGCUGCAGGCUGGGGAUUUCUAUGAGCAUGAGGAAAAUAGAACCAAAGACCACCCUAGCUGUUGAAACCCCGGCCCACCAACUAAGUGCAUUUACUUGACAACUUAAAGUUUUACUGGCAGCCCUGUUUUUUUGCCAUCUGGUUGGAAGUUGAAUAUAAGUUCUGUCACAUUUUAUAACUCAUUGCAAAAUGUUUAAGAAAAUUCUUUAAAGUUACCUUUCACUGGUUGCAAAGAAAGACAGUUUUACGGCUUGCCAUUUGGGCAAGUUGUUGCAAGUAUGUACUACCCCAAGAGUACUUUAAGUAGUCCAAAAAAAGUUUUGAUGAGCAGCAUUGAUUACAGCUCUUCUGUAAUUUGAAUUUCCCCAAAAACUUCACUUGCCCUUCAGGAAGGAUAAGAACAGGAUUCACUAGCCCGAUUGCAAAAUCCACUAACCCUGGGCUAUCGGGCAUGACUUUCUUUGCAUACUGCAUUCAUUUCCAGUCUCUUUUUAUCAGUUUUUUAAACAAAAUUAGGUGACACAGCCAAGUCAGUUUGAUUGCUAAGACAACAGAUGUACAGUUGGUACUGGCAUAAUGUCUUCAGUCUAGGUCUUAUGUUCAUAAUAGCUCUAAUAAUAGAAGGGUUGUGGUGACUCUUAGUCAGGGCAUUUAGAGCUGAUGAUACCUAGUGAGCCUCGGUUAACUGUCAACGAUUAAAAACAAAACACAAACGUCUGCCAUGAAGUGCAUUAUAACAGAUUCUUAUCAUAUACCAAGCACCUUCCGAUUGAGAUAAUAAUGUAGUGGCCUAUUUGGAAUGGGAAGGAAAACCCAGUACCUCUGGUGCUGAGCUAAAGUUUUGUGUACCUUAUCCUUCUAGAUCACAUGCAAGCUGGACAGAUGCCAGAACACAGACUCACUGAGGUAACCUUGGUCCCCUUUUAUUAAUAACUAUAACAAAGUUCACUAAUCUGAUUGGAUUUAUCUGCAGCCCUGAUUUCAUCAUUAACAGGAUAGUGUAAUAGUGUAAUGAACAUGUCGUGCAAGUAAUAAGAAUAGCAUAUGCCAUCAUGCAUGCACAUUUGAAUGUUUUUUCUUUUUUUUUUCUUUUUUUCACUUCUAGCAAUAAGGAAUGCUAAAAAUCUUGUGUUUUAAUUUUGAAAUAGCCUGAGUUAUCACAAAUUUGUUAUACAGUGUUAUAGCUAACUGGUAACAACUUUGUGUCAUCCAAUUAGGUCUGUAAAUGCAGAUACUCCUGAUAAAACAAAUCAGACUCCUGCUACGUGGUGUUUACCUCUCGCAUGAUUACAGGCCACAUUGGAUAACACUCAGUUUAUUACCAUUAUGUUUAAUGAUUUAAAGCAGAAGUGUCCAACAAAUGAUCUGAGAAAUUCCUGUGGCCAUUAAUCAAGAAUAACAGUAUGCCUGUCUGCAGUUCCAGUUCUUUGUAAACUAUAACUGGUGUAAAUUUUCAUUUUUCUCCUUUUAUAGUGGACUGGCAGCAUCAGCCCAUCUAAACAACAGACAGCUGCAAAUCAAACUGGAUUAUUAACAAUCUUCCCCCAGGCUGGGCCCAGCAGUGUAAUGUAGUGACCUUUGCAAAAGAGAUGAGGCUUUGUAGCAAAUCAACAUCAAGUGCAUCUUUUGGAGCAAAAAGCAUUAAGCAUCUUUGUCAUACUUGUCAUGUAAGGAUGUAUCAGUGAUGUAGCUGCAAAUGAAGUAUACUCUAUAUCACUUUGAUGCGGUGUUUGUUCAAUCUUCCCAAAGUGGAACUCAGUGUGAUGUAACAUCCUUUGCACUAGUGAAAAGAUGGCGUCUUUCUGACUUUGGCCUUCAGUUGCUCAAAAGUCUGCAUGAAUGUGCAUCUGUAGGAACACUUAUACAUGUCCUUUUAUAUGCAAAAGACAUCAACAUUUAUAAAAAGCCUUGGUUUGCUGGCAUCAUUUUGUUCAGCUUCCUGGUCAUCAUCAUCAUCAUCAUCAUCGUCAUCGUCAAGUAAAGGUGUCUUUACCUUAUAUUGAGAAUGAUGUUAUUACUCUAAAGCUGUGGGUGACAUGCAUGUCCCUUUGUUCUAGUGGCUUCUGUAGUGACGGGAUCAUUCCUUUCAUUUGGUAGGAACUUCAUGCAUCAUACAACAUUCAGCUAUUGAAAUACUGUAUGUGGUUCUUGGAAGUCACUAACAAAUAGAAUGCUACAGUCAUAAACGUUUUUAUUGUCAACAUAGUUGAACUUUUUAUGUUGUGAUUAAUUGUAUUAAUGAUAAUGGUAACAGAACUAGGUGUUGUCCAGUGUGUAUAGGUAAUCAUACAACUUUGAGUUCAAUUUGAAAUUUAUUCCCACGAGUGGUUUUUUCAAAAAGUAUCAAAAUUCCAGACUCUACAGAGAGAAUGCCAUUUGAGCUUUUUUAAAAAAAAACAAUGUGUACAAAUAAACUCCAAAUUGAAGAAAAGUCAUGUCAGACUGAAUACUCUUUAAUAACAAACAGGAAAAAUUUUUCUUGAGAAAAAUUUUUCACCAAAACAGUCUGAUAGUGCAAUUCGAUGAAACAAUAACCCAAUCUCAUCCCUCAUCUCAAAGUGGCCAAUAUAAUUCUAUUGUUUAUUAGCCAAUCAUAGCUCCAUUCUCUGACAUAUUUGCUUCUUAUUUCCUGGGUUUCCAUUAUAUUUCCUCAUUUUUGUUGUGAUUACUGAAAACUGCAUUGCUCUCAGCCAAUCAGAUUUAAGAAAUUUUUUCAUUUUUGUUAUCAUGUCUGUGGACAAAUUGGACUGUGCACUGUCCAGUCAUUCGAUUUUGUUAUGUUAUGCAUAUGAUUACAGGCAGAAUUGGACUUCACUCAGUUCUAUUGACAUUAUUAAAUGAUUAAUUAUGCAUAUUAUUCUAUGCCUAAAUGCCUAGCAGUCACCAUGUUUCUUUCAAGACUUUCAAGACUGUGGUAACAAAGACUUGUCAUGAAAGAACUUGGAAAGAUUAUUGAUUAGGAGUGGAUUAUUUUCUUUUUGAAAACAUGGGACACCUUGUAAAGUUGUAAAAAAUAUUGUUGUGAUAUUUUCUUAUGUUUCUGGUAACUAUGGUCACCAGGUUGACAAUUUUUUUUUACUCUAAGCUAAAUUGUUUUGUGCAUAAAGUAUAUGAUCAGUCAUUAAAUGUCUGUACAGUGAUGUAUAGUGAUGUAUAGUGAUGCUUGAGUCUUUUGGUUCUUGAUAAUGUGUUCUGACAGGCCAUUACUGCCAGAAAAUGUUGCGCUUCAAUAAGUAAUUCACUAGUGGGGUAUAACAACGGUGCGGAUCUAGGAUAAAAUUAAUACUGACUGAUUUCCUAAACGAUUGCCGAAGGUGCAAGCUUCUAGAGGGUCCGGGGUCAGGCUUCCCCAGGAAAAUUUUGGAUUUUUAACUCCUUAAAGUCCCCUUUUCUUUGGUUCCUGAGUCAUUCAGAUGGGAUAUUGGCCAGAUUUCAACUUGGAAAGAGUUUUUCAUUAUUAAAAAAUAUAUUUAUUAUGAAAAAUCUGACUGAUUUCCGAAAAAUGGUGGAAACCUGUGUGGAUCCACGCCUGAGCAAUGCAUGCUGCACUAAAAAUUCAAACUAAGCCACUACACUAACCCCAUGGCUGCAGAAGCGUUUUCGGUGCUACAGUUGACAUUUUUGUUGGAGGUCUACACAGCAAAUUAUGGUUGCCCCCAAGAGGCAGCUGGGCAGUGGGUUGGGGGCUGGCACUUGUCUACCACUUGGGCUUUGGGGCAAAAAGAUGGCUGACAGUUUAGACUAACACUGUAGACUGAAUUAAUAAUUUGUGUGGUAUUUAACAUCACAGCCUUACACUUAGGGCCCUUUUUAAACGACAGAACUGGCAGGCCAGAUCAAUCAUUUCUAAAAUGAAAUAUUAGUCUUUGCUCGAAAAUUUUACUAAAACCCAUCAAUGCUGUGAAUAUACAAUUAAGGAAUAAACCAAUCAGGCUGUAUCAUAGUCCUGAUUCUCCUUACAACCGGAAUGGUCUGGCCAGCCAGUUCUGAGAAAUGUUAAGCCCCCUGAGAGGGUGCUUACCAUUUAGCCAGAAAAUUCCAAAAUUCUGCACGGAAGAUGGUAAUGUCAUUUUUCUGAAAUUCCAAUAAAAAAUUGAGGACUACGGUUUUAGGUAGUCCUUUUAUUUGGGUUAAUGGACUGUUUCUUACCAUUUACCAAUUUCUCGGUUCUCGUGCUGCAGAAAUUCACACUUCUUUGGAUUUCCAUCAAAUGGUUGGCACCCUUCAUUCCAGUUGGGUGAUCACAAUUUGUUCUGGUAUAGAAUUUAGGUCCAUCAGGUACCAGGUUUUACUACUUUAUAAUCCAGGUAUCACUAAGUUAUGAGAUACAGUUUUUGUAAAAGAGAAAUAUGUUUCUCUGCUCUUUUUGCCCUUAUCAUCAAUAGGAUCACUCUUCUAUGAUUGGUGACCUUUUGGAAGCUGAAGAAAGACAGAUGCCUUUUUUAAUAAAAUCUCUCUCAACUGAGUGAAAAAUAUAUAUCAUGUCUGGGGACAAUUUCUCAGUACCUUGAGGGUGCUGUAGUUUAUCGUCAUUUAUUUUUAUUGGUAACGAAAAAAGGAUACCUUUUUCAUCUUAAGAUCAUUUUCAAAACAUUAUUAACGCACAUUUCUUCUAAGCCUAAAUCUGAAGUUAAAUUCUAAAGAGAGCAUUUCAGUGUAACUUAAAGCUUAUUGUGUAUAAAUUUCCUCCUUUGUUGCGAAAACGAAACCUUUCUUUCAUAUUUCCUUUGUUUUGCCUGUCAAAUUAUAUUUGUACUGAUGUAGUUCUUGAUUAAAGUGUGGCGAAAUGCGUAAAAAGUAUUCGUUUAGGCCUUUUCUCAAACCCAUAAGUUCAUAUUUUCUAACAACAAAUGAUAUUGGAAACAAUUACAAGGAGCAAAAUAUUAACGAUAAAAUGUUAGCGUAUUAAACCCCCAAAACUAUAAUGCUCAGCAUUUUAUUACAUGUUAAUAUUGCAUUGGUUUUUAGAAUAUCUAGUUUUAGAUUGACAUUUUCAAUGUGAAAGGCUAUAUCAUUUACAAGCCGAAAACAACAAUAAUAUUAUACAGACAAGCAUUGUUUUGUUGGUGGUUAAAUAGCCAAUCACGAGCCGCUAAUCAAUCAAGUGUUCAAUAUCCCAUUGACACAACACAAUCCUCUGUUUUAUGUGUAAUGAAUUGACAUAAAUUAAUUUGUCGAAUUCCACCUGAAAAAAAACGGGAUGCAUUUAACGGUGCAACCGCUAUCCAAUAGGAACCCGGAAGAUUCGCAAACGGAUUAUUUCAAUCUUUUUCAAUCUUGUUAAGUGACUUCUUACAGUCCGGUAAAACAGCAGUCCUCUAAGGUCUUUACCAUCCGUUCAAAGUGCCGACCCUCUGAGCAUAAGUGCACCUAACAAGUAUUGGAGAAUGUGUGGUGUGUUGGUUAUGCCAUGAAGGUUUCGUAUUGAAAAUGUGCUCAGAGGGGAAUCACCCUACCAGGCAUGUUGCUACAGUAGUUACUUUUUUUCUGUCACGAUCAAAAUCAAGUUAGAGCUAGUUAGGUACCAUUUGGUAGGUAAGCCAUUGGUUUUGGACAAGUUACUCUAUUUCCUUCAAUUUUGCUCAAGUGGUAACAGUACAACUUUUUUGUUUAUUCCAGAGGGAGAAAAGAUUACUUUUUGUUUAUUAAGCUUUUUACUGCCUGCCGACAAUUACUCACUGUCACCCAACCAAUCAUUGGGUGUUAUCACAAGUGGAUUAGUAAACGUCAUGAGUGCUGCCAAUAACACCUGCACACAAACUUGUCAAACCGGUUUGACCACUUUCCCGGAUGUCACAGUGGUUACGUCACUUCUUUACAGUACAGCUUUUGUUGCCCAGGCAACGGGGAGAUGUGAAAGCUUUUUCCAGAUUAUGAUUGGUCCAUUUAGCAUUUGAUUGACAGGUAGUCGUUUUCGACACAGCGGGUGUGGGAGACGAUUUUUGUGCACACGUCCAUCUAUCAGAAGGUUGUGGCGUUUGAUUUCAUGUUCCCGCCCCUAUCUCUUGGUUGAAAUCCCAAAUACUUUUUUGCUCACAAAGAGGAAAUUAACGAAGAAGUUUGGAUUGACCUCAAAGUACAUACUCCCUGGAGAAUUCACAGUUCACCUAGCAGAGUAGUUCGUCAGGACACGGGGUUACAGUCGACAACUUUUACACGACCACACUUCACACCGCCAUUAUUGUGUCGUGUUCGUUGUUGCAAACACCACAUGGCCGCCGAAUGAAAGAAAACUUCGGUUAAUGUUGCUUCCUGAAAGUCGUCGAUAACUAAGCAUCGCCUGUCGUCAAGAAAGCGCUCAUAUCCGUUGAAAGAACCUAGAAAGAUAAAUUUAAAAAAGCCGUAUCGUCGGCUAACUUUGUUGGAAGCAGACUAAAUAACAACGUUUCACCAUUCGCUGCACAAAUUAUAUUCUGUAGCAGCCUCGUCCUCGAGCCGGUCACGUUUAUCCUCUGAGCUGGAAUUGAACCUUUGAAUGUGAAGAUUCAUCUUUAAAGUAUCUCGCAGAAUACAAAGGUAGUUGUGGUCUAAGUUUAUUUCUUGACAGUAGAGCCUAGCAGAGUUUGUUUCAACCAGCUUUCGAAUCAAUGGCAAGUUGCCUUCCGUUACUCGUGUCAGCCAUGUUGUCAUUGGCGCCAAAAUAUACUGCGCUGAAAAGGAAUUCCGUCGGACAAUGGUGUUCUCCUCGCGGUUAUUGCAUUUCUUGUCGCUAUUUGGCGAUAUUUCGGUAAAUAGAUACUCUAGCCAUCUACCAGGCUUUAAAUACAUGAAUUGAAAGCUUGUCACGCGUAGAAAAGCCGCUGCUUCAACAUUUUGCCGGCAAAUUUAUGGAAGAUCAUUGUCUUUGUUAUGAUUCAAAAUUCUAAAUAACGUUCUGUCGAAUCCGAGAAUGUUUAUAACAGAUUUUAAUGCGAAUUUUUUUUUACUUUACAGGAAUGGAGUCGGAAGUUGUCACCAAAGGUUCGAAACGGCUAAAGUUAUCGCCAAACAAAGCUGAACUCGACGAGGAGAUAAAACAGGAUGUUGGUGAAGAGAUUAAGCUGGGUAAAUCGUCUGGGGAUACGACUUCAGACGAGCAAACCGCCGAAACGAAGAAAGAGGCCAAGUAAGUGGAGUUAGAAUAAAUUGAGAUAGUAUUUUGUCUUUGCCUUAAUGUCACUGGGUUGAAAACGGUUCAAGAGAAAUAAUGUGAACCAACAAAUUUAAUUCUCUUUGUGACACGUGUUGUACAAGUUGGUUGGAUUUAUUUUUAACACGCAAUGAUCUUUUUGAUCUUGUAUUAUUUUUAUAGAAAGAACUUCUCAUUUUGUGUAUGUCAUCUUUGAGUUGGAUCUCGAAACUGUUUUCCUUAUAGCAUCGGCUUUUUUUGUUGGAACUGUUUUGUGAUUUUUACACCUCUUUGAGGAGACAGAGCGUCGUUGACAGUCUCGAAAUUUAUUGAUUACACUUGAUCGAUAUGCUUCCGAUAUUUUUAGAAAACACCCACAAUUCGAAAUUGAAAUAAGGGGAAAAUCUUGAAGUACCUUUUGCGACAAGUUAUUCUGGAAAACUAGAUGUUUUACUGUAUUAACGAUAGAACUUAUCUUGGUCCAAGGUUCUUUGUUAGUUCAAAAGGUUAUGGCCUGAAUUUUAAAUCAAUCACCAUUUCUUCAAAAAUAUCAUCCUUGCUGUUAAAGUAAGAUGGAACUUAGAAAUACUUGAAGAGAAUGUGGGUAAAUAAUCUUUUAACCCGAGUCAAUUACUUUAAUUCUGCAUGACAACUUGUGGAGAUUACUAAAGCUUAAUGUUUGUCUCGACUGCAUUGUGCUUGAGACGAACCAAAAUGUCAAACAUGUAAAUCAGAUUAUAACUGACUCAUUGAUCGUCUUCCCCUUAACAGUGGCAUGCUACCAAAAAGCACUGGCAACUGGGUCAAAUAAUGACUAGCAACAUUUAAUCUUCAUGCUCACUAAAUUGACAACAAUAAUUUUAAGAAAAUUCAUCAGCAAGGAAAGUUUCUCUCUAUCAUUGAUAUUUAUUCAAGAGAAUAAAUAGUGGAAGCACAGAUUUUUAGUAAGUGAAACAUAGGCCCGGUUGCCAGAUGUCGUAAGUCUUUUGACUUGCAUAUUGAGUAAAAAGAGAAAGAAAUGGCAUAUCAACUCGUAGGGAAGUGUGAGAAAAACUAUCUGUAAGUACAUAAAUGGCACUGAUCUUAAUUGCCCAUGAAAGUAACAGACAACUUAUGGUAACUGGAUUUGAGAGAAAAUCAGUGAUUGAGUGAAGCUGUACUAGAGUUGACAGUCUUGUGACUCAUUUCUGUUUUUUCCUUACCUUUUACUUCAAAAGGAUGAGAAACAGACAAAAUUCAGAGUUUGUAUAAAGCUGAGGUGACAAACAAGAAAACAUCAUUUUGUGAUACAGUUGAAACUCCAUUAAGCUGCCACCCUUUAACCAGUAAUCAAGUUCUGAAAUAAUUAUUGUGCCAUCCCAACCAGAGUUCCCCUGUUAUUGUCACCUCUAUUAAGGGGUCACCCUUACAUUAGCCUUAUUCUAAAAAUAUGAUGAAGGGAAAUAGUCAGUCAGAGAAUGUGACAACUGAUUGUGGACCAGUAAUACUGUUCCCAUUGUUUAUUUGUUUUCAAAUAGAGUGAUGUUUCUGGUAAAGAUUAAUGCUAAUUUUUGAAACUUCUAUUGAACAGCCAGCAGGGUUUUCACAAAGAAUUAGUAGCUGGAGAAAGGGGUAACUUUAGUGGAGAAUAUUGUGAAAGAGGCUCUAUGUCUGAAUAUAAAAUAGUCAUAGGCUAUCACACGUUAGCCGGAGAAUUCUGUGUAGUAAAUGGAUAGUUCUCCAAUCUCCGUUGCCUAAUGAACACUCUGAGCCAGUCAGCAUUACCCGAGGGUGGCGGCCUAAUGGAGGUUCAACUGUAUCAAGAGAAUGUGUCAUUGUUUUAUAGAAACUUGGUUCAGUUUCAGUAUUUUGUGUUUUCCCCGAAGCAAGCAAUUGUGCACCCUAUACCAAGAUUAUCAUUGAUAUUAACACAGCUCAUCUUCAAAGCAAGUGUUAAACCUGAACUAUUAUACUUUUAUCAAGCAGAAAACCCUCUUCCAAUCAGUAUGCAUUUUCUUUUCUCUCCAGUGAAUCUAUUUAAAUAGUCAAUCAAGAACUUUAUUCUGUUUUCCUUGGCUUGGGCCUCCAAUAAAGUAAAGCUUAGUGGUGGUUAUUAUAUGGCUGUCGGUUUUCGCCAUGCAGUUGGUCAAUUUUCGGUCCUUAACUUGUUUUAUGGACCAAAAUUUCAAAAGCAAAUGCCCAUUUUGCAGCUAUAAAUCUCUUUAUUGUGAAAAAGGUUUAGAGAAAGUUAUAAGAAGUCUGUCAACCUUGAGGACUUGAUUGUUGACUUCUUAGUUCAACAUUUUAACCUGUGCUAUUUUGUGAACAAAGCAAAUGAAGAAACUGAAUCAUAAUCUUGUUGAAGAAGAGGAUUCCAUCAAGGUACUUGAAAAUUUUAUCUCAGUGCACAGUUAAGAAGACGAAAAACGACUGGCCGAGAUUUGAGACAUUUUGCCUAAGAGAAAGCAAAUCCUUCAACAAAUUAUAUGAUAACAAACAUACCUACACCUGGUUAUCUUGACAAGUUGCCUUUUGCAGUGUGUUUUUUUUUUUCAAAGACCAGUGAAAGAAAGAUGGAAGCAACUUUGAUUCAGACAAUUUCCAGUUUUCAAAAGACAUCCAGUGUCACAAAGGCAAGAGAAUAGUUACAGUGCUCUUAGUUUUUGACCGAAUAAACUUUUUCAACAUGAUGCAUUUGCAUUUUGAUGUUACUUUCAAUGGAAAGCCGUUGUAAUGUGCUAUUGUCUCCAUGAGCCAAUAAAACUUCCAUUUCUGACGCCUGUCAAAUGACUGUCAAGUCAUUUGUCCCGCACUUGUUUCUGUUCCCCAUAAACAGGAAGCCAUAUAAUAAACAUCUUACUUACUAGACUCAAUUUUUGGGGGGCCAUGCUGUAAACUUUUUUUUGUUUUGUUGUUGUUUUAUUUUUUCCAUCGAUUUAUGGCCCAGACGCUUAACACUUGAGCCAUACUAAUUCAAGGUUAGGAUAAAAGAAACAACCAUUCCAUAGUCAGCUUUGAUGCUUGGCAUGUGCCAGGCUCUCUUAUAGAGUGCAUAAAGUACCAAGAAUUCAUGAAGAAUUUCUAGGAAGCCACGUCAUGUAGCCCAAUAAGGCCUACAGUGUAUUAUGUUUUAUAAAAUAACUAAGAUAGUACGGGCAUUCUGAUUGGUUAAAAACCUAUGGGUUAUUGUGCCAGUAAACUCAUUGAAAACUUCAAGUUAUUUUAUAAAAGCGAUUGACCACACUUUCUAUGGGUUUACUAGCGUGAUAACCCACUUGGGAUGUUGGGAGAACACUCGAAAAGCUUGUAAAUCACUUGCCUUCGGCUCGUGAUACAGAACACUUGCAUUUGUCCAGAUUAUGAAAUUUUUUAAUCAGUUUCAAGGUUUGUUGUUGAUUAUGCCACUGGUGGGAAAUUGAGACCAAAAUUGUGUGAAAUUACACCAUUGAGUAUCAUCAGAAGCACUGACUUGUAAAGGGUUACUGGCAAGUACAAAAACAUCUUGCGUGUACCGGGAUAAACAGUCCAAAAUUAAUGCAGAUGUAUGAGUCCAGUUGACUCAUUGACUUAUGGCAUCAAAAAGUGCACCUUGUAUGAAGAAGGGUCCUGGAAAGUAUCAGAAAAAUCCUUUUCAGCCUGUAAAAGUGCCUGAACCCUAGAAAUAUUCAAUUGGUGCAAAUUUUGUGUGAAUACAUUGUAAUCAUUAUGUUGUGUAACAUUUUAAUAGGCCAAAAGAGAGUGACUCAGUGGUUGUGAUAUCCUCGUCCUCUUCUGAUGAUGAUUCCGACAAAGAGCAGAAAAAGGAAGGGGCUGAUGCAGUUGUUAAAAAAGAGUCUGAGGAGAUGGAGGUCUCCGGUACAGGAAUUGAAAAUUCUGAUACAAAAAGUGAUCUGCCAUCAAAGGAGGAGUCCAAUGAACAGGUCUGCUGUAAACAGAAGAGUACUUCUGUAAACUCACAAGUAGACAGCAAAGAUUCAGACUCAGAUGAGUGUAUCUCGCAAGAAGACCUUCUGGCACAGUUGGGGUUAAGUUCAGUUAAAGAAUUACAAAAGAAAGAAUCAACAAGUAAUAAUGGUUCAACACUACAGUCUGCUAAUGCAAAUGGAGUUGAUAAGAAACCUGUGAUAACUCACAGACCAAAGGAGAGUAUUGUUGACUUUUUAAAAGUCCCAAAAUUGACCUCUCUUGAUAGUAAAAGAAAAUUAAAUGGUGACGCAAAGGCUGAGAUUGCUUUUGUUAAUGGUGAUAACAGUGAUGGGUCAAGGCCAGAAUCACCUCUGUCCGAUGAAAAUGAUGAUGACCUACAGGCUAAAGAAAAGCUGAUUGCUCAUCUUAGAAAUGAACUGAGGCAUGAGGAAGCUAAGCUGUUAUUGUUAAAAAAGUUACAUGCUGCUCAAAAUGACAUCAAAAGUAACUCCAAACUACAAAAAGAGAAUGUUGUAGAUAAAACUCCAACACCAUCAGCUGCUUCGCUGACCAGUCAUCCCAUGAAGUCAUCUAUGCAUUUGCCUCAAAAGAAAGGACAAAGUCUCCCUCCUCCCCCACCAUUAAAGGCAUCAACAGUGCUGGCAUCCUCUACCUUUCAUCCCCCAAGGGAUGUACCAGGCCAACCAAGGCUGUUACCAAAGGGAGGUGGUGCUGCUUCUCAAACACCAGCAUCAAACACAGCUUCAACCAAGUUUGUUGGUUCUGCAGCUCAGACUCUAAAGGAGUUUGCUGUACAUCAACAGGCUAUGCACCAACAGUCAGCUCAGCCUAAACCUGGCUCCUCUGCGAUUGCUGAUCUUCAAAAUGUUGUUACAUGUAUGGCUAAUUUAAUUCAGCCAACACCAUUGUACCCACCACACAGUGGAGGCCGUGGCAGCCCUGUCUACUCAAUUUCAAAUCAGCCUGCCCCAGUGCGGCCCACUCCUGUUAGAGCUAAUAAUGUUACCAGUCUGCCAGCCAGUAGCGGAUAUGUCUCGUUUCAGCACCACUUGCCGAGCAGCGCUCAUCAAACUGCUGGUGGAAAGCAAGCUGCUGCCAAGAUGGCAUUACGCAAGCAGCUUGAGAGAACCCUGCUUCAGAUUCCACCACCCAAACCACCACCUCCUGAGUGGUCAUUCAUCCCAAGUCUUGGUAGCCCCGACUUUAUGGUGCUGGUUGGGCUUGAGGCUGUUGUGAGUGUCAUGGCAGACAGAGAUGCCAAAAAAUUAAAUGCUUCCCUGCAAGAACAGAAGAUAAACCCCAAAGUUUGUUCACGCUGUGGUACUGACUUCUCACCAUCGUGGACAAAUAAGCAGGACAGUGGCCCUGGAUUAGUUACUGUAUGUGAAAAAUGUAGCACUGUUCAUGUGAAGAAGGAACUCAAAGCAGAACACACUGCUCGUUUAAAGGCAGCUUUCCUUAAAGCUCUUAAACAAGAACAAGAGAUAGAACAAAAGAUAAAUGACAGCCCAGCAAUUGCUCCAAAACCCCACCACCAAGGUCAAAAGACAUCCUCUCAGCCAGCCCUAGCCCCAGCACCUCCACGUCAUCACAUCACACACCACCAACCCAUGAUUCAUCACCACCACCAAGCUGUUCAGCCCCCUCUGUAUCACCACCACCAACCUCAUGCCAACUCACUGUUGUUUCAGCUUCAGCAGCAGCACCUUCAACAGCAGCAUCAGGAGUUGGAGGCUGCUGCACGACAGCAGGCUGAUGUAAGAUGGCAUCCUUACUUGAGCCAGCAUCAUCACUCCAGCUCCCGCAACCCUCAACAUCAUCAUAGCUAUGUAUCAGACUCUGAUAGACAAUAUUUGUUGGACAUGAUUCCCUCUUUGCCUACACCAACUCUUGGUUAUGGCUCUAGUAGAAUUUAAUAAUAAGUAUGUUGUGGUGAAAGCAUAAUGAUAUUAUGAUAGUAUGUUAUUAUUAUUUAAGUACAUGUAGCAUGUUGUCUCUGCUAACAGUCUUUGGUUACGCCCUUACUCUUAGCUAAUACUGAGUUCACAUCAGCUCUACAUGUUUUAGUGCUAUAGCACAUUCUUCAUUAGCAUAUUUGCACUUUCUUUAUUCUCAUGACAAUUGUUUUGAAAGUAACAGCUAAACAUGCUACAGAAAAGACUGGUUUUCAUAUUCAGGUCCUUAAGAAUAAUGUGAGCUUAUGUUAGAGGCAUUCACUGAUGUUGUUUUUAAAAACAGUGAAAGCAAACUGAGCAUCCCAACUGGUGAUUUGUAGUCUUGUGGUUAAAUUUCAUUGAAAAGACUGCCGAGAGUUUCUGGUCUUGGUGUGAACUCAGUAUUGGUAGGUUUUGUAAGGGUGGCAUCGUCUAGUCUUGUUGUAGAAACUUCAUGUUGCAGACCCUUCUAGUAAAAGGCGUGGUUCAAACUCUGGGAUUACAGUAUUUCAAUGCAGAAAUACUGUAAAGUGCUGCUCAUAAACUGUCUCCCCCUUCCCCCAGUGAUGCCCCAACAACCCGUAAACCAAAUGAUGCAUCCAAAAAGCCCACCUCAACGGGGCCUCCUCCUAGCUUUUCUUGUUCUGAGAGAUAAGAAUUUGGUUAAUCGCAAUGCUUUGAAGCUUCAUUAAAAACUAGUAAAUGCAAAGUGUAUCUUGAUCAGCACUCCUAUAGCUUAUUUCUAAGCUCUUUUCUAUUUUGGUUAUAAAACCCCCUAGGUCGAUGUAUAAGCCCACAGCUUUUAAGCAGCAGUUUACAGUAUGGUGGUUUUCUCUAACAAGAUCUACUUCUCUUUCUUAUCAGAUAGGAAGCUGCUUGAAAAUAAAUUAUAACUCACCAAUGAAUCUUGUGGGGAGAACAGGUCUUGCACAUUUUAGCUUGACAUGUCAAGUACAGUAACUUCUCUAUAUGUCCUUUUUAUGAGGUCCAGCAAAUAGUGUUAAAAUUUGUAAUGGCACAAAAAUAAUAGGUUCUUUUUCACUGUCUGUCGUUUUGGUCCCAUUGACUAUUUUCCAAUUGCCCAUAAUACACUCUGUUUGCCCCCCAAAUUUUGCAUAAGUUAUUGUCUUAAAAUGCUCUUGGGAAAAUGCAAUACUCCCAGGAGCAUUUAAAAACAUUGGUUUAUGCAGAAUUUAGGGGGCAAACAGAGUGUAUUGUGGGCAAUUGGAAAAUAGAGAAUAAUUUAUCUCUUGGUCCAACACUGUCUGUAAUCAACUGACUCUAAAUGGUUCAAAAGUUGGAUAGAGCUAUCCAGUGGAUGUCCAGUUGAUGAGUAUUGUUUUGAGAGAAAAUUCCACUAUCCACUUGAUAAAGAUUUUUCCACUGUCUAGUGCUCUAUCUACCUUUUCAGGGUGGUUGAGGAUUGAGUUUGACAGGAAAUAUGUGGAGUGACCACACCUUAAUUUACCGCUACCUUUUCACCGUGGUCCACAAUCGACUAUUGAUGGGAUAACUCCUGGAUGACCAUUUCAAGGCCAACCUUGCAUUCUCCAGGGUUGGUUUUCUGAGAUGUUUUUAGUUUACAGUUCAUGUUGUUUAUUGGUUGUUGGUCGAUUCUUGGAAGGUUCUAUUUUGAUUGGGGUGUGGUCAUAACAAUGUAAACUGUUUUCCGACCCCUGGUGAUGGAUUUGUUUCCCUUAUGUUUUCUGGUCUUCACUCUGCACUCAUUUUACUUGGAUGAGGCUGCAAUAAUCCUUCCUCCUUUAACUAUAAUAAGAAGCCCAACACACCUCUGUUGAUGUGGGCUUUUGAAUCUUUCUCUUCUAAAUAGCUCUAUGUUUUCCUGGGAACAAACUUGUUCGCAAAACCGUGUUGUUCCUAGGUAAUUAAUAUGGUGCUUGAAGACUUUGGUAACCCUUGAAUUUAAUAGUUUUACGUAUAUAGAUAUUUUGUUCAAAGGUAACUAGAGAGAACAACAGAAUUAGGAUAUAUGACUCAGCAAAGUUUGGUCUUUGGUGGCAUAGUCCAGGUGAUAUAUUAUGAGAGCUGGAGGACAAAGCAUGAGAUUUUUGAAAAAGCUUCAUGCUUGUUUCGCUUGAAGUUUUAGGCUUCAUAAAUUGGCAAUCGGUUAAUAAGUUUGUGUGAAAUCCUAAGACGUCAUUGGCCAUUUUAAAAAAGACAAAAUUAAGUAUUAUAUUUCUUUCAACUGUAAAAGGACACUUCAAUGCAUUAUUUAUUAUAAGAAAAUUGUUUCAGAGACACUUGUAGUAUAAUAUUAUUAAAGGAUUAAACAUUGAAGUUCUACCCAACUUCUUCCUUUUAAAAUAAAGGGUUGGUCCAUUUG